CCACCCUCAAAUUUGUUGUGUUUGGUGAGGCGGUACGGCUUUGGGAAUCGGCCCACCAAACACUGCCUUGAUACCACUACAUGAACCGUUAAGAUUCAUUUGUUAGGGGGGCGAGUACACACAGACAGCAAGAAUGGCUGGAAGCAGGGAAGACACUAGAUGGUCUCUUCAAGGAAUGACUGCUCUCGUCACCGGCGGAACUAAAGGACUCGGGUUUGCAGUGGUGGAGGAAUUGGCAAAACUAGGAGCAAGCGUCCAUACAUGUGCUCGAAAUGAAUCCCAGCUGAAGGAAUGCUUAAGAGUGUGGGAGGGUAAGGGAUUUCAAGUUACUGGUUCGGUUUGUGAUUUAGCAUCUCGACCUGAAAGAGAGAAUCUAAUGACUCAACUUUCCACUCUGUUUAAUGGAAAACUUAACAUACUGGUGAACAAUGUUGGGACAAACAUACGGAAGUCAACAGUGGAGUUCACAGCGGAUGACUAUUCAUUCAUGAUGAGCACCAAUCUUGAAUCAGCUUACCAUAUAUGCCAACUUGGCCAUCCUCUUCUGAAAAGUUCAGGAUCAGGGAGCAUAGUUUUCAUUUCUUCUGUUGCUGGUGUGGUGUCACUCAGUGUUGGAUCUAUAUAUGGAGCAACUAAAGGGGCAAUGAACCAACUUGCAAAGAAUUUGGCUUGUGAGUGGGCAAAGGAUAAUAUAAGGGUUAACUCAGUUGCUCCCUGGUUCAUCAUCACUGAGCUCAACAAAUCGUAUUUUGAUGAUGAAAAAUUUGGAGCGGCCGUAAUCUCUCGUACCCCCAUGGGUCGCACUGGGGAACCGAAAGAAGUCUCUUCUUUGGUGGCAUUUCUUUGCAUGUCUGCAGCUUCGUACAUAACUGGCCAGACUAUUUGUGUGGAUGGAGGGACAACUGUGAAUGGCUUCUCAUUCCCUUAGAUUGUAAGACAAUUCUAAGAUCUACUACCCUGUGGUUUAUCCAUUUCUAGGAAUGUAAUGUUUAUGGUUCCCGUAAUGUUUAUGAUUUGGGAACGAUCCAUCUACUUGUUGUUUGGUUUGACGUUGUUGUCAUUAAUUCGUGGUUGAUCUUGCUCUGUUUGUCUUUCAUAAAUUGUAAGGUGCUUAAUGAGAGUGGAUCUGCCAACCCU